AUGGCAACGACUGACUUGGGAUUCCCUUCUGACUGGGACGUCAAUCAAGGACAGCUCGUCCACAGCAAUGUUCCGGAGAAAAUUUAUCGGGAAUAUGCCCAUCUCCGUAAGACUUGUCCGGUAGCGCACGUCAAUGCGCAUGGCGGUUAUUGGAUCUUGACUAAGUACGACGACGUCAAGAACGUCUCCUCAGACGGUUCGACCUUCGUUUCAUCCAAAUGUGCGGUUGUUCCCGCAGAUCCGCGUGGUAUUCGGCGCCCACCACUGAAAUUCGACGGCAAAGAACAUGUUCCAUACCGCACUGCAGUGGACCGAACUCUCAAGCCAGCUCGGCUCAGGCGGCUGGAGCGUCUUCUGAGAAAACACGCAGAAGAUGAGCUUAAUAUUCUGCUUGAGCGUGGCCAUGGGGAUAUUUACGAGGAAUUUGGUGCUAAAUUUUCCGGCUGGGUAGAGAAAGAGUGGCUUAAUCUGGACGAGGUUGACUCCCGGAAGCUCUCGGCCACUAUCACUCCAUUCGUGACUGCAUGGCGCACGCAGGACUGGGGACUUGUCAAAAGCUCCAGUGAUGGAUUCUACGAGAUUGCUCAACGUGUGAUUGCAUCUCGCAAAGAAAAACUUUUGGAUCCGGAAGAAGACCCUGCUUCCAGCUUGCUGUCGGAGCGAGACGAACAUGGAAAUCCACUGGAUGAUUUCAAUCUGGUAGGGUGUAUCCGUCAGAUCUUGAUUGUCGCCAUGGUCGCGCCUAGCAUUGUCAUCGCAGCUAUGACAAAGCAUCUGAGCGAAGACAAAGAGUUGCAGAACCAGCUUCGAAAUGACCGGUCGCUGAUUCCAGCCGCAAUCGAGGAGUUCAUCCGGCUCUACGUGCCUUAUCGCGGAUUUGCCAGAACGGCAAUUCAUGACGUCGAAAUAUCAGCCACAAGAGUGCCACAGGAUGAGGUACGUUUCUAUUAA